CAAACCCAUUCAGAACUCUCGGAUUUCUCCCCUUAGUAAGACAAAACUGCUUGAGCAGGAAGAAUGGCUCCGAGAGAAAAGCCGGUUCCGGUGAGCCCUAACCCGGCAUCCAAGGAGAUCAGGUAUCGAGGGGUCAGGAAGCGCCCAUGGGGUCGUUACGCCGCCGAGAUCCGCGACCCAGGGAAAAAAACUCGUGUCUGGCUGGGCACAUUCGACACCGCUGAGGAGGCGGCGCGUGCGUACGAUAAGGCGGCGCGUGAGUUUCGCGGUGUCAAGGCAAAGACGAAUUUCUCCGAAACUAACGAGAAUAAUAACAGCAAUAUCUCGCGUAGCCCCAGCCAGACCAGUACCGUGGAUUCCUCCUCCCCUCCGCCGCUGGACCUCACUCUAGCCAGCGGCUCGUCUUUCUCCAUCCCCAUCGUGGCUCGUCCCGUUUUCUUCUUAGAUGCGUUCGCGGGAUCUCGUAUGGCAACGGCGGCGGCUGCUGCUGUAGGAUGCUACGGCGCCAGCGGAACAACCGCCGGCAGCCAGAGCGAUUCUGAUUCUUCCUCUGUUGUGGAUUUUGAAGGGAGCCCACAGAGAAGAUUAGUCGUCCUCGAUCUCAACCUGCCGCCUCCGCCUGAAGCGGCAUGAUAUUUCCCGGCCGCAGUGGUUUUGCGCUCAAAAUUUUCCAUUUUUCCUUCCAAUUUAAGCGAAAAAAAAAAGAAUCAAAUUGAAAUUAGUAGCAGACGUGUAACAAAUUAUCGUGUAAAUAUUAACCUCAUCCUAUGAUGAUCCGAUCUCUUGUUUUUUAGCAGUGGGGGAUUAGAAAGUCAAUUUUAUUCCUGAGAACCCUUUUUCCCUUCUCUGUUAAUUUUAUAAUUUCAAUAAGAUUUAGUAUUAUUUUAUUAUUAUUAUUGGAGUCUCUUGUUCUGUAAUAUGAAUCAAGAAUCAUGUUACAA